AUGGCGGAGAGUGCGGAACUGAAGCAAAUGGUAAUGAGCCUUCGAGUUUCGGAGCUCCAAGUGUUGUUGGGGUAUGCGGGACGGAAUAAGCACGGGCGCAAACACGAACUUUUGACCAAAGCUCUCCACCUACUCAAGGCUGGUUGCAGUCCUGCAGUGCAGAUGAAGAUCAAAGAGCUCUAUAGACGGCGCUUCCCAACCAAAAUGGUUUCACCAGUGGACCUGGCUCUGCCUGUUCACUCUGCCUCCAGUCUCCCUGCUGGCCUCGCACAACUGGGAUUUGACAGCCACGGUUCCCCUUCGCCUCUGCUGCCUGUUUCUUUACUCGGGCCUAAGCAUGAGUUGAGUCUGCCUCACCUCCCCUCCGCCCUGCACCCUGUACACCCUGAUGUCAAGCUCCAGAGAUUGCCAUUCUACGACGUGCUGGAUGAGCUUAUUAAGCCAACCAGCCUGGCUUCAGACAACAGUCAACGGUUCCAGGAAGCAUGUUAUGCCUUCGCAUUAACACCACAGCAAGUUCAGCAGAUCAGCAGCUCCAUGGACAUAUCUGGGACCAAAUGUGACUUUGCUGUUCAAGUCCAGUUAAGAUUUUGUUUAUCAGAGACAAGCUGUCCUCAGGAGGAUCAUUUCCCCCCUAAUCUGUGUGUCAAGGUGAACGGCAAACCCUGUAAUCUCCCGGGAUAUCUUCCUCCAACCAAAAACGGAGUUGAACCAAAAAGGCCCAGUCGCCCCAUCAACAUAACCUCUCUUGUCCGACUGUCCACCACAGUUCCCAACACAAUUGUGGUGUCGUGGACUUCUGAAAUUGGGAGGAGUUUUUCCAUGGCUGUUUAUUUGGUACGACAGCAGUCGUCUGCAGUGUUGCUGCAAAGACUACGGGCUAAAGGAAUUAGGAACCCCGAUCACUCAAGAGCUCUGAUUAAAGAGAAAUUAACAGCUGAUCCAGAGAGUGAGAUCGCCACCACCAGUCUACGAGUCUCUCUCCUGUGUCCUCUGGGGAAGAUGAGGCUGACAAUCCCUUGCAGAGCGAUGACAUGCUCUCACCUUCAGUGCUUCGAUGCUACACUUUAUAUCCAAAUGAAUGAGAAGAAGCCGACCUGGGUGUGUCCAGUCUGUGACAAGAAGGCUCCGUAUGAGCACCUCAUUAUUGACGGGUUGUUUAUGGAAAUCUUGAAUAGCUGUUCUGACUGUGAUGAAAUCCAGUUCAAAGAAGACGGAAACUGGGCCCCCAUGAGGUCAAAGAAAGAGGUGCAGGAGGUGUCUGCUUCGUACAAUGGUGUAGACAGCGAUUCGUCUCGGACAGAAAUGCAUGAGCAGAAACGGGGAUCAGCUAAUGACAACAGCAGAAAAGUUGAUGUGAUUGACUUGACGUUGGAUAGCUCCUCGGAGGAUGAGCUAGAUGACGAGCCUCCGCCUAAAAGGGUCUGUCCAUCGCUGUCACCUGUCUCUCCGCCCCCGAACAAGGGAGUACUGAACCUACACAGCCAGGCCUCACCGGUGACCAGAGCUCCCAGCAUGCCCCCUGUGGAGACCAGCUACAUCCCCCCCCCUCCACCUCUCAUCCAGGACUAUCGCCACUAUUAUCAUACAACUAGUGACCUGCCAGAUCUAAAUUUCUUCUCCUUUCUCCAAGGCGACAAUCAGCAUUACAACAUGGUGAUGGCUGCCGCAGCAGCUGCAUCGGCGUCGGCCUCAGAGGACCACGACCUGCUUCUCAACCGUUUCCUGCCCUAUAGCUCCUCACAGAUGUUAAGGGAGCCGCCAGGCACCCCCGGGAGCAGCACGCUGGCAGCAAAUGGAGGCAGCAACAGUGGCAGCACCAGUAGUUUGGUGUCUUCAAGCAGCCUGCGGGACCGCGACAAAGACAGAGAGCGAGACAGGGACAGCCACACCAUCUCAGGAUUGUCGAGGUCCUCAGUGGAAGCUGCAGCGGCGGCAGCCAUUUAUGGCUCCAUAUCUGACGUUAUCUCUCUUGACUAGAUCCACACAGAACUGAAAAACAAGAGAGACCUCAAGAACAGGGGUUCUUUGUAAAUAAGGAAGAGGAAAAUGAAAGAAUACAGUGCUAUGUACAGAGAGGAAAAUCUAUUUUCAAUUUUACUUAUCAUAUGUAUAUAAACUUAGGACGCUUCUUGUCCGGUGAGUUACUUCAGUUGAUAUUUUUCUGUGAAUACUGAAGACUUUUUCACACUUCUUCAUGUGGUCCUUUGAUUAUAUUGUACCUUUUGUACCUGGUUUUUACAGUUUUGUUUCGAUAUUCCAUGUCAAUGGCAUUAUUUCAGUAUAUGUGCACAGAACCCAAUGAGAUGACACCUUAUGGAACAUGUUAUUUAGAAUAUAAAGAAAAUGGGCAUUGUUAUAGAUGUACAAAAGGCAAGUCACAGCAAAACAGAAAAUGUGUUAAGACUUUAUUCCUAAAUGGCAUAAUUUCUGUCAAAUGUUUUGACAGCAGAAAGAUCUGGCCAUUUUUGCCAUCACUGUAGAUUUUUUGUGGUAGGACAUUCAUGCUGUGGUCCUAUUGUUUUUAAGGAAUUAUUUAUGAUGUAAGUUAUGUUGGAUGUAUGUUGUUUUUUAAAGAAGCAUUCCUUAUGCCCCUAGGAACUGUUGCCACUAGAAUUGCAAAAGCAAACGCUAGAUCCUUCUGUUGUCAUAACUCUGCGCUCUUCGCCCGUUUCAGUCAAAUCAAAUAUGAACAAUGUUGUAUAUUUCAGACCUAAGAGACAUAAAUUGGGACUAAGUCAGUAUUUAAGACCUGGCUUUUUCAGCGUGUGAAUGAGUGGCACUCGUCCAGCAAGUAGCCUUCUGUUGUCUCAUGAUGCAAUUGGACCUGUAUACACAUCUAAGAUUUGCAAUGUUGUGUAUUUUGUCUUUUCAAGUACAUCUGUUUUAUUUUGCAUAACAAAAUAUGAUGACUCAACUUUCAAGACAAGGCUAGUUUCUGGUCCACUUAAUGAUUAUUUAAUUGAAAGGCUUAAAAACUGUUAAAUAAGUGGAUUAAUAACAUUUCAUAAUGUCUUUUUGUUUGAUUUUUAGCACUUGCCUUUUUACAUAACGGCUGUGUGGAGCAGUGAAGCAUUCACGGUUGCAGUAACACUUAGUUUUCAGCUUUGCAUGUGUCUGCGAAUUACCUGAAAGCUCAUAUGUUUGAGUGCUAUGCUGAUCUUUAUUGAGGCCACAGGAUGCAUAGCCUUUUUGUUAAGUGUAUUUGCGACAGCCUAUAGGUUAACUGUGAUAGCCUUUGAGUGUAUCACAAAAUGCAUUUUGGCCCAGAGGUUUAAAUCAUUGAACGCCUCCCCUCCCUUUUAUUUUUCUUGACUUGUGCUUACAAUUAGGAUUAUUUAUUAUCAUAUAUAUUUUCAGCAUUUCUUUGAUUUGUGGAUAUGCAUUGCUGUCAUUGUAUGUGAUAUUUCUUUUGUAAUUAUAUAAUUAAUGCUAUUUAAAGAUGUCAUUGUUGCUUGACAUGCAUUGUAACAUUUUCUGUUUCUCUGUCCGUUUUACUAUCAGAUGAUGUCAAUAACUCAAUAGAGGCUUUGAUCAUUUUGAACCGCUACAAGGUCUACUGUGCUGUUUGAUAUUUGUAAGAAUUAAACAGAUAUAAGAAAGUG